AUGGCUCAUCGGCACGAGAAUCAACAGCAUGGUCAGCAGCUGUUGAACAUCGUAGACCGAGGUACUGCUGAACAAGUUUUUGUGUUUUUACAAAAAUUUCAUGGAAGACCUUUUCAAAGUUUGGCCGAUAUUAUUAAAUAUAGAGGUGUUAUUGAUGAUCAAAUUGAUUUUAUUAAUUGGACAGGUACAAAAUAUAAUAUUACACCAUUGAUGAUUGCUACAGGAAAAGGUUCAUAUGAAAAAGUAAAAAUUCUUCUUGUUCAUGGUGCAGAUCCAAAUAGACAAUGCAUAACAGGUGAUACAGCAUUAAAUUUAGCUGUUCAUCGUCAAAAAUAUCUUAUUAUCGAAUUACUUCUUCAAUAUCAGGCUAAUCCAAAUAUAUAUAAUCAAUCGGGUAAAACAGCAUUACAUCGUGCUGUUAUGUCAUAUAAUGAUGAAAAUGCUUAUCAUAUACGAGUAUUACUUGAUAAUAGAGCUGAUCCACAUAUGGAAGAUCGAAAUCAACGAAUACCACUAGAUGAAGCUGUCAUUGCUAAUAAAUCAGGAAUGGUUGAUAUUUUACUUUCUUAUGAUCGAACGUUAGUCAGACAUGCUUAUCGAGCAGCUAUAAUUGCUGCUCGUCUUGGCCAUGAUAAUUGUUUGGAAGUAUUACUUAAUUAUGGCAUGGAUCCAGAUAUAACCGAUCGAACAAAUGUUACACCACUUCAUGUGGCAGUUCGUUCAUUAAGAUUAUCUACAGUUCGACUUUUGGUUGCAAAUGGUGCUGAUCAAAAUAUAGCAAAUAAUCGAGGUGAAACAGCUUUUGCUAUAGCUGAACAUUUACAACCAGAUCAACAACAAAAUUUUAUUGAUGCUCUUAUUCGUACACCACAAAGAACAUCACCUGAAUUUUACACAUUCACAACAGGAAAUGCCAUUUCACAUAUGUAUCCAUUACUUCGUAGUCGUCCAAAUUGGACAUUAGACAGUGAUAAAUUUCGAAGUCCGACAGCUGAUGAUUCAUCUGUACAAAAUUUACUUGACAUUUCAAAUGAUACAUAUUGGUGUUGUACACAAUCUAAUAAUGCAUGGGUUAUUUUUGAUUUAAAACAUGAAUAUAAUCUAACUGGAAUGAGAAUAAUUGGAUGUGAACAUCGAUCAACACCAAGAAGUGGUCGUCUUGAUGUAUCAAAUGCUUUUAAUGGUCCUUGGCUUAAAAUUAUAGAUUUUACUUGUAUAUUAUCUCAAAAUAAGAAUGAUUUCUUUUUUCCACCAUUAAAAACUCGUUAUGUUCGAGUUGUUAUUUUGGAUAAUUAUGGUGGUAUGGAUAUUCAAAUAAAAUAUAUUGGUCUUUUUGGUGUUGAUACGUGUUUAAUUGAUUUACUUCAACAAUAUAACUUAGAAAAAAGUCUUAAGACACUUUUAGCUAAUGGUAUUAAUGAUCAAGAAACAUUAGAUGAAAAACGUGAUGAAAUUUUAAAUUCAUCUGAUAAAUAUUUACAUGUGAAUGAUCAUUUUCAAUUUAUACGUUUAACAGAAGCAUUAAGAUCACCUCGAUUGACUUUUCUUGAAUGGUUUAAUUCACCACAAACAACUGUUAUUGCCGGUGAAAAAUUACAAACAUUCAGUGUUGUUGGUGACGAAGGAGUUACCGAUCGUGUUAAAUUAGAAGAAAAACUUGAAAAUAGUCCUCAAGCAACAACUACACUUAUGAGAGAUCUUGAACCAACUCAAGGUCGUUCAUUGGUAGACUUUCCUGAUUAUACAUUUAAAUAUCCUGGUCGAUAUAAAAUUCGAGUUGUUAGUCUUGCAUCACCCGACAUUCGUACACCUUGGCAAGAAAUUGUUGUUGAAAAACGUUGUCCUAUCUUAUCCUAUUCAUCUAAGCUAAACACAGCAGCAGCAGACGAGCAACUCUACCUUUCGUCAACAAUUCAUCUUUUUAACGUAACUACAACUGAUAAAGAAAGCACAAUACGUUCUCAACGAACACCAAAAAUAACUCUUAGUAAAAAAGAUAAUCGUGCAUUCAUUACUGCAGUAUACGAAAUUGAUAACGACUAUUCAUAUUUAUCAUCAUUAAAAUCAAUUAAAAAUUUAUCUCAUUAUUUUCCAUUACCAAACAUGCUACGUAGAAUAGGUGAAUCACAUUCUAACUAUGAUCAAGAACGAAAAUAUAAACCUGAUCAAUAUGCACAAACAUCAAAUACUGAUUAUUAUGAUCAUACAACAAAUACUGACUAUGAUGACUUCGAUCCUACUAAUUCUAACAAAAGACAAAAUAAAAUUCUAACACCAACACAAUAUCGUUCACCAAACACUUCAACAAGAUCAAAUGCUUUUCCAAUAACUACAACUAAUUAUCAACGACAAUCAAACGAUAAUGAAUCACUUGGUUAUGGUGAAACAAUUAUUAUACCAACAAAAUAUCAACUUGAACAAGCACGUAUUAAUCAAUUAAUUAAUGAUGAAAAUAAAAACCGUUCACAACCAGACAGAUCACGAUAUGAACAACGAAAAGACCUAGAAAAUUCAGAUAAAUAUAUUCAAGGUUCGUUAACACGUGAUAAACCAUCACAGUAUGAUCAUCGAAAUCAGGUUCAACAAUCAAAUGGAUUGAAAAGAGAAACAUCAUCACCAUAUGACAAAUAUAUAACUCUACAAAAUUCAGACACAUCUAUUCAAGGAUCAUUACCACGAGAUAAACCAUCACACUAUAAUCAUCGAAAUCAAUUUCAACAAUUAAAUGGAUCAGAAAAAAAUUCAGCCGAUAUAUCUUCAUAUAAUAAUCAGGCACCAUUAUCAUCAUCAUAUCCGCAAAUUGAUUCAAAUCGAGAAUCUAAAAUACAACAACAAAAUCCACAAUCUAUAGAAAAUAUUGAUCAAGAUCAAACAGAAUCAAUUAAUAAUCCAUAUCAAAUAACCCAAGCUAAUAUUGAAUUACGACCAAAUCAAUCCAAUAAAAAUUUAUAUACUUAUGAACCAAAACAUACUCAAAUAGAUUUAAUAUUAACAGCUACUAUUGGAAAUUCUGAUGUUCAAAAACGAACAAAUGAACCUAUUUAUGUAUCAAAUAGUAAUCGAAGUGAUAAAAAUUCAACAUCUAUUAAUAAUCAUCCAAUUCAUUCAAAUAAUAUAUCUAAUCAAAGUAGUCCACAUUCAUCAAUCAAAGAAAAUUAUCCAUAUUCAAGUAGAAUAAAUCUUAUAUAUAAUGUUAAUGAUGGAGAUCUUAGUCAACAAAGUCAUAAUUCAUCUCAAAUUCAUACACCAAUUAAAUAUGAAGAAGUUCCAUCGAACCAAACUGAUAAUAGACAUAGUCCUCAAUCGUCAUCAUCAUCAUCAUCAUCAAAAUUAUCAGAAAACAAAUCAAAAUAUUUUUUUGGUAAAAAUAUUCAAAAUCAAUUAUUUGAUGAUAGUGAUGAUGAUGAAAAUGACGAAACAGAAUGUGAAACAUUUGGUCAUGAUUCACAAAUUAAACCUCUUACAAAUCAAAAUAUAAUAUCUAAUCCUAAUCCUACAUCAAUAAUAAAUUCUCAACAUUCUACUCAUAAGAAUAAUUAUUCUGAUGAUCAAUUUAAACAAGAAACUAAUGUUGGAACAACUACUGAUCAUACAUUAAUACAAAAUCAAGAAACUUCAUCAAGUACAAGUCAAUCACCAGCAAAAAAAUAUCAAUAUGAUACUGAUGACAAUAAAAAAAAUGAGAUAGUUAUUGAAAAUACAAAGCAAACAUCAGACAAUUCUAAACACAAUAGAGAUCAUGACAGCACAAUAGACGAUGGUAAUAAAAACAAUGGUUAUACUUAUCAAAGUACGAAUCCUGUCUUUCCUCAAGAACCUACUAUUACUGAUACCGAUGAUGGUAGUGCUCCAGCAACCGAUAGUGAAAGUUAUCAUUCUGAUAAUAAUCAACGCCCACUUGACAGAUUGGUAACAAGCAAUCCACUUCUUGAUCCAUCAACAUAUGCUCAAGUAUCAGGAAAAUUUUCUGGAUCAAAAUCGCGUACUGAUCGUAAAAAGCCAACCGAGAUACCUGUUCGGACUACUAACGGACCACAUUCGUAUACAACUGGUAUUAUACCACCGAGACUACAUUCAGCAUCAACAACUGAUAUAACUGAUGAAAUAACGGAAAGAAUACGAUUUGAUAAAUCACGAACUUUUCGUCGUACAUCAGAUACAUAUUUACGUGAUUCGCGUGAUUAUAACGAAGACAUCGAAGAAGAUUCCAAUAUAAUGUCUAAAUAUCAAGAACAAAAUCGUAAUUAUCCAACUACGACCAAAUCCGAAUUUAAAACUUUUAAAAAUGAUGGUACUCAAUCAGAACAAAAAUCAACACGAAAUGUUGGUACAAUGUCUGAGCCUGUUCAAACAUCUAAUUUUGGUAAUGAGACACAAUUACAAUCAUCAUCAACUCAAACUUCAGACUUAAUACAACAAUCAUUAUUAAAUAAUUUAACACCACAAAACGGAAAAAUCUCUCAACAACAACGAAAUAAUUAUCAGCGUUCAUCAUCGGUUGAUAGUCAAAGAGAAACUCGAUUACCUUCGCCAAUAUCACUACGACCAAAAAAUUAUUCAGAUUAUGAACAAUAUCAAGCACAAGCUAAAAGUCAUCCUAGUCCAACAUAUCGUCCACCAUAUCCUAUUUCACCACAACAUAGUCCACAAUCAAUGAUUCCUCGUGUACUCUCACCACCAUUUGAAUAUCGUUCUGUAUCUAAUGAAGAACAACAAGAUACAAAUUCAUCAACCAAUAAACAUCUUGUACCAUUAUUUCCAUUAUCAAAUCGUUCACGUCAAGUAAAAGAUCGACCACCAAGGACUUCAAUUGAAACUGAUACUAGUCUUGAUGGUAUGAAAUCUCCACAACAUCGAGGUGCUCAAGUAGAACCAUCAUCAACAAGAGAAUCUGGAACAUCAACAAAUGGUUUAGUAACAAAAUCUUCAUCGAAACCUCGUGAUUCAACUAAUCUUAAUAGAAUACUAUUACAUCAAGAUGAUAAUUAUAUAUUACGACGAAGUGAUUCACCACCAUCAUCAACACCAAAAAUUUAUCAACUUAAACCAGGAUUAGAUGAUUCAUCGAUAAAUAAUUCUAUAGAAAGACUUUUAAAUCAUAAUAAACCAAUUUCACCUGAUUAUAAUUACAAUUUUGAUUAUGUUAAACCACAAACUAAUACAUCAUAUGAGGAAAAACCAGACAUCUAUGAUCGACAUGAUAUUGACGAAUUACGAAGUGAUAGUUCAAUUUUAUUACCAUCAACAACUGUUCUACAACCUGAUACAUUAUCACGUAUACCUCCUCAAUUUAAUUUACUAACAUCUCAAAAAAGUACUCCAUCAAAACUUCGUCAUGCACAACAACAACAAAUACCAUCAACAACUAAUUCAUUAGUACUUAAUAUUGGAACAGAAAAUAUUAUUCUUCAACCAUCUGAUAAUGAAUUUACAGUUCCAUUUGAACGACUUUAUAUUUAUGAACCAAAUCAUGAAUUUACAACAGAAAAUGAACAAAUUCGUUCAUCAACAUUAAAACGUGAUGAUUCAACAACAAGAAAUUUUCAAAAAACUGUAUUACCUGUACUUAGUUCAUCACGAACAUAUGUUAUUGAAAGACAAUCAUUAUAUGGUAGUUCUGUUCGUCAAUCACAAAUAAAUGGAAAUUUUUAUUUAACAACAUCACCAUCAUUACUUUCAUUAAAUUCAUCAUUUCAAGCUGAUGAUUCCGAUAUACAUCCACUUACAUAA